AUGGGCAGCAGCUCGGUCUACGCCGUACACAACAGAGACCAUAUACAAAGAGCGGGACCUUCAAAACUCGACCAGCAAAUCCUGGAACUCAAGAUGACCCUGAAAAGCUGCCAGCAAGAGAUCAAUAACCUACAGCUAAGUCAACAACAAAUCACGAAACAACUGACCGAUAUUGACGACAGUAGUAAGAAAGACGAGAUGUGGGAUCGCGUGUGUGAAGUGCUCAGAGACUUGAACAACUUAAAGAAGCACCAGCUACCCGACGAUGAUUCAAACGACGAGGACGACGACGGCGAUGAAGAAGACGACUACGACGACGACGGCGAUGAAGAAGAUGACUACGACGACGACAGCGAUGAAGAAGACGACAACGACGACGACGGCGAUGAAGAAGACGACUACGACGACGACAGCGAUGAAGAAGACGACUACGACGACGACAGCGAUGAAGAAGACGACUACGACGACGACGGCGAUGAAGAAGACGACUACGACGACGACAGCGAUGAAGAAGACGACUACGACGACGACGGCGAUGAAGACGACUACGACGACGACGAGGAAGACGACAACGACGACGACGACGACGACGACGAGAACGACAACGACGUGAAUUUACAACACUUAAGACGAAAAAUGCUUCAUUCUUGUGAUCGAAAAAAUUUGGAUAACCGUGCUAAAGUUAAAGACGACGAAAUACCAAGAGGAAGCCAAAGGCGUAAGAAGUGCAGCUCCCAACUCUGCAAGGAGAAGAAGAAAUCGAGAAGACGAUACGAGGACGAGGAUGAAUUCUAA